GAGGUAACAUAAAGUCUCGCGAUAAACACAUAAAAUCGCGAGGCAUUGUUGCUCCGCUCAGUGCUGCAAAUUGGAAGUUGAACUUGCUUGCAGGAUCGCAGAACCAUGCCUGAACAGAGCGGUAAGGUCCAGACGGUGCUGGGUCUGAUAGAGCCCAAUCAGCUGGGCCGCACCAUGACCCACGAACACCUUACAAUGACGUUUGAGUGCAGCCAUGUUUCCCCAGCACCUGGAGACGAGGGCCUUGCCGCAGCUCCCAUUGAGAUGAAGCACCUUCACUGGUUGCAGCAGAAUCCGUACAGCCACCAUGAGAACCUGCUGUUGAAUCAAGAGAUCGAGGCGGUGAAGGAAGAGCUGUUGUGUUACCGUAAAGCAGGAGGAGGAUCCAUAGUGGAGAACACCACCACGGGCAUCAACCGAAAUCUGCCUGUUUUGCGGCAGCUGGCCAAAGAGACGGGUGUGCAUAUCAUAGCUGGAGCGGGGUACUAUGUGGACGUGACCCACUCUGAUGAGACAAGAAAAAUGACCGUUGAGAAGCUAACUGAUAUCAUUGUCAAUGAAGUGCUCCAUGGCGCAGACGGUACAGAUAUCCGCUGUGGUGUGAUUGGAGAGAUCGGUACAAGCUGGCCAAUCACAGAGAGUGAGAAGAAGGUCCUGCGAGCCACUGCUCACGCUCAGACUCAGCUGGGCUGCCCAGUUAUCAUCCACCCCGGACGAAACAAAGCCGCUCCUGGGGAGGCCAUCCGCAUUCUGCAAGAAGCAGGUGGAGAUAUCUCCAAAACAGUCAUGUCUCAUCUUGACAGGAGCAUAUAUGAUCCGCGAGAAUUGCUGGAGUUUGCAAAGAUGGGGAGCUACCUUGAAUAUGACCUCUUUGGCACAGAGGUGGUGAAUUACCAGUUUAACCUUGAUGUUGACAUGCUCAGCGACAGCCAGAGAGUUCAGACCUUGGCUUUCCUGAUCAGAGAAGGUUAUGAAGACAGAAUCCUCAUUGCCCAUGAUAUCCACACCAAGCACCGACUGACCAAGUAUGGCGGUCAUGGCUUCUCCCACAUCCUGAAGAAUAUUGUUCCCAAAAUGCUGUCUCGAGGUAUCACUCAGAACCAGGUGGACAAAAUACUGAUAGAGAAUCCUAAACAAUGGCUGACAUUUAAAUAAACCAACCGCCUUAAAAAUCAAUUUCCUUCCUCAAGUUAACAUACCAAAAAUUGAUUUCUAAUUUUUAUUGUUAGGAACUUUGUUGUACUGUUGAUUUUGAUGCUAAAAUCCUUACUUUGGUGAGCGUUAAUUCAUGUGCACUGUUAAAAAUAAAGGUUUCAAGAGAGGGUUUUAUAGAAACACAAUAGAAGAGCCAUUCUGGGUUCCCCAAAGAACCUUUCAAUGAACAGUUUUUAAAAGAAACAUUUUUUUUAGUGUGAAGAAUAUUUUAAUAAUCGUGCAGUGGAAUGGUUUCUUCGUGGAACGAUUGAUGCCAAGAAAAAACCUUUAUGUAAGAUGGCAAAGUUGAGACCCAUAGCUCACAUGUUAAGUUUAACACUAACUAGAAUAUUCAUAUCAAAUAUUCACCAGUCUUCAAUGAUCAAAGUUCUCUCACCACAAAAAAGUGGGUAAAAUAAAAGCAUGGCUCUGAGUUGUGGAAAAUAGGUGCUUUUUACUUAAGUUGACAAAGAAAAUAUGAUUAAUUAGACUAAUAAUGCAGCUCAGGGGAUCACAACUAAGCAAUAGAUAAUGGAAACAAGUGGAACAGUACUAGUGUAUUACAAGGUCUGAUGAAAUAUCCUGACUACAUUACUUACUAAUUAGCUCGUGCAAAAUAUCUAUUAAUCAAUCACACAUUCUAAUAGUUUGCAAAAUUUUCUUUCUGAUAUUGUGUAGCUGCAAACAUCUCAACCAGUUAAUAAUGUUGAACAUACUUGACAACGACUGACUAUUAGAACUAAGGUGAUUGAAUGUGACCGUAUGCCUAAAGUAAGACUGCUUGCUGUACACGUUUGUUCUUUGGCAAGCCUGAUGUUUCACAGCGCAUCUGAUCAUUUGAAGGCAUGCGUUCUGGCAGGUCAUUGUGUAGGACAGAGAGAUGAGUUUCUCUGGAGCAGGUGGCUGCUCACACUAGUAAAAUAAUGACACUGUCAGGUGCUCUGUUCCCGUGUAACAGCAAGGUAAUAUUACAAAACAUGCCGAGUCAUCCGUAAGUUACUUUUAAGAAGAUGGCAUGGUAAUUAAUCUUGCCCAUUUCCUUUCAUUUUUACUUUUUUUUUUUUUUUGCUCCAGCAUGAAAAACUGAUUUGCUUUUUGAAUGUAUAGAUAUAGAUAUAGGACUACCAUUUUACAGUUGUAUAUUUCGUUUAGUGCUUUUAAAGGAAUAGCAAAAUAUUAUAAACGAUGACAAUACUUGAAGUAAUCAAGUCAAGGAUAUUUCAUAGUUGCAUUUGUUGACUAUGUAGAGCUUUUAGUUUUAUAGCAAAUUUAUACACGCAUGCAAAUCAUACAAUAUAUUUUAUUCACACUUUUUUGAAGACACUGCACAUACCAGACAGUGAUAAUAUUUUUAAAUGACAACAUUUAUAUAAAACGGAACAGAACUGUGGCUUGAAUGUGACAAUUUGUGUAUGAAGAAUGAGAAAUUAUUGAAGAAAUGUAAUCUGAACUAUAUUUCCGGGCUAAUGGCAUGUGCUCUGUAACAGCCUCUUCUGAUCAAAGGUAGGCACAUAUGGAAUGGAAUUAUGUCAAAUGAUUUUCUGCUUUCACGGCCAGUUAAUCUCAAUAAAUAUACUGCAAUCA